AUGCCUUCCAAAAGAGGGGCAAAUUGGCUUCCAAACGAGGAUGAGCAGCUUUCAAAAAGCUGGGUCAAGAUAUCGGAGGACUCAAUUCAAGCAAACGGCCAGAAACGAGAAGAGUUUUGGAAUCGGACUGCUGAAGAUUUCAAUAUUUUUACUCCUGGUGAGAAGAGGGAUGGUAUUGCUUUAAAGUACCGAUGGACACCUCUCCAAAAAGCGACAUUGAAAUUCUCCGGUAUCUAUCAGAAGAUCACGAAGAACCAACAAUCAGGUUCUGUUAUUGCCGAUCUCCUCCCAAAAGCCAAGAAAACCUAUUAUGAGGAAGUCGGCAAGCAGUUCCAGUAUGAACUUGCUUGGAUGAUCUUGCGAAAUUCCCCAAAGUGGAGAGAAUCUCAGCCAAAAGAAAUUCAAGAUGCUCCAACAACCUCGGUUCAACCAGAUCAGGCACCGGCCCCUUCUCAAUCAAAUGCAACCGGAGAAAUCGAAUCGGGUUCUACUGCUCCUCUGGCCUCCAACAGCUCCUCCAAACGACCACUCGGUGUGCACUCUGCCAAACGACUCAUGAAAGAAGAGCACUUCAACAACAAGAAGGUGAAGGUCCUCACCGAGCACACAGCAGACUAUCGUGAGCGAACCAAUGCGAUGAAGAAAUCAAAUGAGAUCCGUGCACGAGUAGCUCAAGCUGAGGUCAGCCAGAUGAAUUGGUCAAUCAUGUCGAAGAAGGAAGAAGACUUACCCGAUGAGAUCUCACGAAGAUAUUUGCGACUUCAGAAGGAACAAAUUGUCAAAGAUCUCGAAGCCCAAAUGGAGCAAGAUCGACUCGAAAAAGAAGCUCAGCUCAAAAAACAAAACGAAAGCGAACGUGCAUCUGACUCUAACCCUCAAUCACCACCAGAGGAUCAAUUGGAGUCUCAAUCAUUACAAGCACUGCCAUCUGACCCCCAAUCCAUACCACCAAGCGAACCCGAAAUGGCUGAUCCCAACGAUGACUUACCAGAAAGUAUUCAAUCCAACGAGGAGGAGGACUUGGCGUACUUAGACCCAAGUCUUCCAUAUCUUUCUUGA